AUGGCUGAUGCAUCGGGCAAUGCGCUCAAGCGUCCUCACCCUGAGGGUCAACACGACAACUCCCAGAAAAGGACCCGCUCCAACCAUGGGUCGCCAGCACCAGGUCAAGGAGGUGCUGCCCCGGGCAAGCCAGAUGUUGCGAAAAUAAUGGCAGAAGCAAGGGCAAAGGCAGAAGCUGUACGCGCACGUCUACAAGCACACGGUAGCUUACCAGCGACCCCAACACCACCGCCUGCACCUUCUGCAAAUCCUCCUCCACCACCACCACCCGCUCCUGCGAUGUCGAAACUAGAACAAAUGAAAGCUCGAGUUGCUGCUGCUACUCAACGAGCAAGUGUACCCUCUCAGCCGCGACCCAGUGCACCCGCAUUAUCCUACCAACCACCGGCGCAUGACGAUGAGGGCAUGUCGAAGGCUCGCGGUGGUCUGGAUGUUGGCCUUCAUCCCGCGCUUCUGUCUGAUGCUCCACCGGAAUAUCGUGGUGCAAAUGGACGGCAGUCUAAGCCAAAACGUGCUGGUGGGCCUCAGCUUGAUCUGUCUGGUCCGUCCGCCGAGGAAAUCAGGAAUAAUCCUUACUUCGACCCCUCUCUCAACCCCAAAGCGACUAUUGCAAAGCCCCGACAAACCCGAGAGCUCCUUUUUAAUCAAAAGGGCAAAUACAUCCAACAGGCAGCGGCUCUACGCAGACAAGCACAGCUAGAAGCUAUGAAGAAAAGAAUUGCAGAGAAAUCGCGACAGGCCGGACUUGACGAGGAUAUGGAUGUGGAAAAGGCAUUCCUUGUUCCUGCUCCACCCGAUGUAGAGUGGUGGGAUGCAAGAUUGGUUAAUGGCAGCGACUAUGACGCAAUUGAUAACCCGGAAAACAUCAAACUUGAUACCCUCAACAGCUAUGUCCAGCAUCCUAUCGAGCUCGAACCUCCUCAAGACAAGCACAUGCCUGCACAGAAGCCUAUGUUCCUUACCCCGAAAGAACAAGCCAAGAUUCGACGACAGCGACGCAUGGCAGAUCUGAAGGAACAGCAAGCCAAGAUCAGGUUGGGACUCGUGGAAGCACCGGCUCCAAAGGUCAAGAAAUCCAAUCUGAUGCGGGUUUUGGGCGAGCAAGCUGUGAAGGACCCCACGGCCGUGGAAGCUCGUGUGACCAAGGAGAUCGCAGAUCGGAAAGCAGCGCACGAGCAGGCAAAUGAAGACCGCAAACUGACCAAGGAGCAACGGCGCGAGAAGUUGGAAGCUCAGAAAGAGAAGGAUGCCUCUUUGGGCAUAUUCCAAUCUGUGUAUCGAAUUGACAGUCUGGCGAGCGGCCGGAACCGCUUCAAGAUCGGCAAAAACGCAGAACAAAAUAAUCUGACGGGCAUGUGUGUCAUGCAUCCCCGGUUUAACCUGGUGAUCGUUGAGGGCGGCCAACACUCUAUCAACAAUUAUCGAAAGCUGAUGCUGAACCGCAUUGAUUGGACCGAAAACCCUGGAUCCGAUCGAGUGCCUGCAGACAGCCCUGAAGCUCAGGUUUCCUGGUUGUCCACUGAAGAUGAUAAGGGAGAGCCCCGGGAUUUUAGCGCGAACACAUGUAAUCUCCUCUGGGAAGGACCGACCAAAGGUCGGGCCUUCAGGAAAUGGUUCGGUGCUCGUAUCUGUGAGACCGACUCUGCUGCCAAAGCAGCCCUGUCCCGAGCCAAGAUGGAGAACUUCUGGACACUCGCGAAGAGUGCCAAGCCAGCUGAAUAUUAA